AUAUUUUGAAAAAUCUUUAUUCAUUGGCCUCAAGUACUAGAUUGACUUAGGCAGGCAGAAAAAUCGAGACGACAAUCCAUUCAACAUACAGAGAAGUGUAAUGCUACAGAAUAUUUAAAAUAGCCAUGGACCCCCGCCACAGUGCCCAAGAUGUCGUCCGAUGUGACCUUUGUGAGACAGCUACAGUACAGAUGUACUGUGAUUUCUGCCACGUCAACCUGUGCUUUUCUUGUAUAGGAAAACACAUUGCUGAUGACUAUGAAAAACACAAAGUCGUCCCAUUCCAAAAUCGAAAAUCAACCUUGAUUUAUCCAAAGUGUAGUACACAUCAAAAGAAAGUCUGUGAAUUACUUUGUAAGGAAUGUGACAUGUCUGUCUGUUCUUUGUGCAUUGAUAACCAGUUGUCCUCAGAUAAACACAAGGGUCAUACAUUUUCAAUUUUUUCCGAAAUCUACAACAAACGAAAAGCAGACAUUACAAAAGAUUCAGAGGAGAUAGAAAACAUUAUUUCUCCAACAUAUGAAGAAAUGGCCACUGAUUUAGAAACUCAAAUAACUAACUUGGAUGGAGAAUAUGUGAAAUUCACAACAGUAGUUACAAAACAUGGAGAGGAAUGGCACAAAGAAAUUGACAAUGUCAUCAACAAAAUGAAAAAUGAAAUAGAAGAGAUGAAAAUCAAACACCUGGAAAUUCUGAAGAAACAUUUGGAUGAAAUUAAGCAGAUACAGUCCCUUAUUGAGCAAUCACUGAUUACUCUGAAGGAAAUGGAGGAAUCCAAUGAAGUGUCUGUGACCAUGGAAUACAGAUCCAAAAUCAAAGAAUUCAGAAAACUUCCUCCCAAAGUCCGAGUCUCACUGCCUACAUUUAGUCCGAUAGACAGUGAACAGCUAUACAAGUCACUGGGAUCGUUGGUACCAUUAUCAUUCACGACAGAUGAAAAUGGCUACACACUGAAGAAAUCAAAAACCUCACCCAAAGAACUGAUGGAUGAACCAGAGCUUGUCACUACAAUGUAUACUGGGUAUAAAAAACUCCGCAAUGUUACCUGUCUGAGUGAAGAAGAAUUCUGGACAAGUGAACAAGUCAGUGAAAUGAAAUGCUUUAAUGUUCAAGGUACAGUUAUCAAUACAAUCCGAACAAAAUCAGGGAUAAUGCCACGUGAUAUAACAGUGACAAGUGAUGGGGAUCUAGUGUACUCUCACUGGCUAACAAAGACUGUGAAUAAAGUGAAGAGUGGACAGACAGAGGAGGUGAUCAGACUACAGGGCUGGAGACCUGGCCAUCUCUGUAUCACCUCCUCUGGUGAUCUCCUGGUUACCAUAUGCAGUGAUGAUGAAACACAAUCCAAAGUUGUCCGUUACUCAGGUUCCACAGAGAAACAAACAAUCCAAUAUGAUGAUGAGGGUAAGCCUCUAUAUUCAGGAAAUAUUCGCAUUAAAUACAUCAGUGAGAACAGAAACCUGGAUAUAUGUGUGGCUGACUAUGAAGCUGGUGCAGUAGUGGUGGUCAAUCAGGCUGGUAAACUUCGAUUUAGAUACACUGGUCAUUCUUCUACUACCAAAACCAAAGCAUUCAAACCCUGCGGAAUCACAACAGACAGUCAGAGUCAGAUCCUGACAGCAGACAGUAAUAACCAAUGUAUCCACAUUCUGGACCAGAAUGGACAGUUCCUCCGCUAUAUAGAUAACUGUGAUCUGAAGAAUCCAUACGGUUUAUGUGUGGACAAAAGUGACAACUUGUUUGUUGCUGAGUAUGUUAGUGGAAAUGUGAAGAAAAUCAAAUAUCUACAGUAACAUCCUUGCUAUCUCAGUGUUGAAAAUAUCACUUUCAGAAUUGUAGUAAAUAUUCUUGGACUCAUGAAUACAAAAACCCAUUGGACAUGCUGGAUACAUAUAAAUUUUUGAAUUCCAACUGAAUGUUAUGUAUUUCUGAUAUUUUCAGCAACCGGAAUGCAGUAACACACAUCUUUUAAAUCUAUAGAAUCCAUGUAAUAAUUUUUGUCAUCAUUUGAAUAGCUGAUUGUAGUGAUUCCAUAUAUGCAAUAUUGCCAUUCAUUAUUGCAUAUUGCAAAUUAAUCCACUUGUCGCAUUCUUUUUAUGGUUCUCAAGAAAAUGGGCAAUAAAAAUUUAUCAUCCCCUUGUUGACUUUGAAAAAUAGCACAUUUCCCCCUCACGUUUUAGGUCACCUAGUUCUUUUUACUACUAGCAGUAAAGGGUACCAGGUUUCCCCCUUUGACAACAAAUAAAUAUUUCCCCUUCCCCAGGUAAAAAUUUCCCUGAAGUUGUGCAUGUUGUAUAGAAACUACAUAGAAUUGUAUGAGAAUUUCAUAUAUUUAUUCUGAGUCAUUUUCCAUAAUUCAAGAUUACAAUAUACAUGAUUUUAGAUGAUAAUCAAUUCAUAUAUGUGCUUAUUUUGAGAUACUGAAAUUUGGGGAUGUCACCACCUCCUACCCUGGAAAUGACUGUAUUUUCAAAAAUUCCGCUGAAUAUGAAUUAGGUAGUAACAUCUAAAAGCUGGAUAAAACCUGUCUAACUCAGAUGACCUAUUGCAAUUGCUUGUCAUUAGUUACAAACAAUGGAACAUUUUUAACUUCUAGACUAAAAAUCCAGUUCUUGAUAUCUAUCAUUCCAAUUGUUUUCAAAUUUGGUAUGAAGCAUCUUUGGGACAUAUUAAAUAAUUGAUUUUAGGACUCCUGCACCCUUGGGAUCUUAGGCUGGGAAAAAACUGCCAAAAUUGAAAUUUUGGGGGGUCACAUGAGUGAACUCAGGUGACCUAUUGCAAUUGGUCGUCAUUCAUUGUGCGUUAACAAUUGAACAUUUUUAACUUCUUCAUAACUACUAUUCCAAUUCUUUUCAAAUUUAGCAUGAAUUAUAUUUGGAACAAGGGGGACAUAAAUUGUUAAUUUCAGGACACUUGGGGUUGGGACAAAAAUUGGCCAAUUCUCAAAAAUAUUUCUACAACUGACCAUGUUUAAGAAAAACUAAAUGCAUAAUGCUGUAGAGCAGGAAGGCCUCUACCAUAAUAGUAAAUUUCAUGAUCCCCGGGGUAGGGGUUCUGACACCAAGGUAGGGCCAAACUUAGUAUAUAUAGUGUUUAUGUGUAAAACACUUAAAUAACAUCUUUAAUUCUAUUGGUACUAAAUUGAAACUAACUGAAUAUUUAGAAAGAGCAGGUAGUCCUUUACCAAAAUUAUAAAUUUGAUGAUCCCAGGGGUAGGGGUUUUGAUAUUAGGGUACGGCCAAAAUGGUCAGUUAUUAAAUGUGUUAACAAUAGAAUAUUUUAACUUCUUGAUAAAGAGUUCUACCAUUCCAAUUCUUUUCAAAUUUGGUAUGAAGUAUCUUUGAGACAAGUUGUAACUUUCAGGAUUCCUGGGGACUUAGGGGUGGGGCAAACUUUGAUGAAUUUUCAAAAAUGUUCUUCUCUACAACUGCAUAUCUUUAUGAAAAACUAAAUGCAUAGCAAUUAAUGUAGAGCUGGAAGGUCUCUACCAAAAUUGUAAAUUUCAUGUUUCCCAUGGUAGAGGUUCUGACUCCAGGGCAGGGCCAAUCUUAAUAUAUAGUGUUUAUGUGUAAACCUUUUUUUUUUUUUUGUCAGUUUAUACUGAAGUUUUUUUUUAUUAUUAUUAUUCUUUUUUUAAACAUAUAUACAGUAUAUAUAAAUAUAUAUACAUACAUUCUGCAAAGAAACUUGUACAAAAUGUUUAUAAGAAACUAUCAAAGGUAUAUGUAUAUAUUAUUUUCCGAGAGAGAGAGAGAGAGAUGAAUUCAGUCAUUAUUUAAUAUAUUUUAAAAAGGUACAUAUAUAUUGAAAUUUAUAAAAAAAAAAAAAAAAAAAAUUAAACAAAAAAAAAAAUAAAGUAAACAACAACAACAAACAAACACUCAAUGAAAUAAUUGAUUCCAGCA